UAGGAAACGCCCUGAAAUCCCUUUGGAUCCAUUUCCUUUGCCGUUUGAGUUUCCUGUAAUGUACGCGGUGAAAAUAAAACGAGGCACCGAAUUAACGCCGGCCCUAAUAUCCCAAUCCCUAAGCUCGAGAAUUUCUGGAACGCAAUCUUCCUAAUAUGGGGCGAGAUUCCGCGCCCAGUGAGGAAAAAGUGCUCCUGGCUUCUCCCCUCCUCUGGUGACCAGUCACUGGGAUGGGAUCGACGAGCGGAGAAAUCCGCCUUCCUUCGUGUUAUAUGGGUCUCAGAGUUAAGACUUGAGACUUUAGGGACAGACGCCAAAGAUGUGAGAUGUAAAAGCGAGGAUUUCACUUCUCACUCCCCACACUCUCCAUCGAAUCUGCCUCCAAGCCAGGAACUAUGAAACUCUCGCCCACCCUCCUUCUGGUGACCUUGUCGGGCAUAGCUGCGACAUUUCGACCUGGAGAUCUCGCUCCCUGCAGGACGAUCGAGGCAGAAGCCUUGUGCCAGAACAAGUCCCUCGACGACAUUCCCGUGGGCUUACCACAUGAUAUAUGGAAGUUGGAUCUCUCUGUCAACCGCAUCCAGAAGCUGUCGCUGGAGAAUUUGGCCCAGUAUGGCUCCAUCCAACACUUGGACUUGGAAUCCAAUCAUCUGGAGUUUAUUCAGCCGGGGUCCUUUGCCCAGUUACCACACUUGGAAGUGUUGAACCUUGCCCACAACCUCCUGGACCAGAGCAAGGGUGGCCUUGGGAGUUUGCCCCGCGUGAGGAGCUUGGAGUUGUCCAGGAACAGACUGUACACGGGCAUGGUGGAGGGGUUCCUGCAGGACGCCCCCUCGCUCGAGCGAGUGUCCUUGGCUAGGAACAGCAUCACCAAACUCUCGGGGGGCACGUUCCGAGGGAGCCCUUCGUUGACGCACGUGAACCUGACGCACAACAUCAUCAUCGAGAUAGAGUCGGGGGCGUUCCAGCCACUCGUUAAUCUGUCCGUCCUCGAUCUCGCCAUGAACUCCAUCCCCUGCAUCACCGGCUUCGACCUCAAGCAGCUCCAGGUGUUGAACUUGAGUAGAAACAGCAUCGAGGUCUUCCUCAUGGAGGAAUCCGAUGAGGAGUACCACCUCCAGUGGUUGGACCUCAGUGACAACAACCUACCCUCUUUCCCGGUCUUCCCCAAGAGGAACCGGCUCAGGCACCUGGACCUGUCACGCAAUUCCAUCCAGGGGUUGUCCCUGGAAGCCCUCAGCAUUAGGUCGGAGUGUCCCGAAAGAAGGCUGGACCAGGUCCUCCGAGCUAACCAAACGCGGACCACCCCACCGGCCCACCUCUCCGACUUGGUGUACCUGGACCUGAGCUACAACGAGAUAACUUCCAUCCCUUGGGAGUUCUUCCGUGGCAUGAAGACCCUGCGGUUCCUCAACCUGAGCAAGAACUGCCUCAAGGGCUUUGUGGUGGACCAGCCGCACAUUCUCAACUCCCUAGUGGAACUGGACCUGAGCUCCAACGCCAUGCAGAACCUCUCCCUUGCCAGCCGCAGUUUCCACCGGCUCAGGUAUCUCUACCUCCAGGACAACAACCUUCACAGCCUGCCUUGUGACAUCUUCAGUGGCCUCUCGAGCAUCCAUUUCCUUCGUCUCCAAAACAACGACAUCAAUGUUUGCCAGGGGUUGCCCCGGCAUCGCAACCACUUGGAUGACUGCAUGUUCUUCUCUGGGAUCACCACAAUGAGGUACUUGUAUCUCCACAACAACAACAUUAGGUAUUUGCCACCUCACGCCUUCCAUCAGACGCCCUUGGUAGAGUUGGAUCUAUCAAUGAAUUUCGGGAUCGACAUCCAUCCCGAGGGAUUCUCCGGUCUUGAGGUCCCGCUGACCUACUUGUCCUUGGGAGGCAACGGCCUGUCCUCACUGAGCGUCAACCUGUCUCACUUUGCCAAUCUCCGGACGUUGGACUUGUCCCACAACCAGCUGAGCGAAUUCCUAGUCACCGCCAGGAACCUCUCCCUGGAGAACGUCGACCUACGCAACAACACGUUGGGAGGCCUGGAGGAGAGGUCCAUGGAGAUGCUGAACGGGACGCUGAGGACCUUGCAGCUGUCCGGCAACCCGUUCAACUGCUGCCGGGCCGCCUGGGUGAGGUGGCUGGCCCAGGUGGAUGUGGUGGACAGGUGGUCGGUGCAGUGCCACUACCCGGACGUAAGCGGGCACUCGCUGGCCUACCUGUUCAGUGCCCGACCAGGCCUCUGCCAAGACAAGCCCAGGGACCGGCCAACCUGGGCCGUCCUCAUCCUGAUAUUGGUGACUAGUCUCCUGGGAUUCUCCACCAUCCUGGCCUGCUGCCUGGUCCACAGGCAACGGGUCAACAAGAUGAUCCUCCACCACGUCAAAACCUAGGCGACCCGCUCCGUUCUUUUUGUAUGUCUUGUGUAAAAUGAAUCGAAAUGAGGAGAAUAAAUCUAUAUAUGGUUCCGUAACUAAUUCCCAUCUCAA